AUGCGGUACUCUGGAUUUCUGACCCUUAUGUCUCUCUGGCUUGCAGAGGACAGUCAGGCAUCAGCGGCGAUGUCAACGACGAAUCUGCUGUCCAUCCUCAGCCGUGGAAACUGGUCGACUGGUACUGUGUUGUCCGCUCCAGGGUCCACCGACUUCACCGAUGCCACUGCCCGAUGGGAUGUGUACCGGCCUCCGAACUAUGCCGCGGCGCUGUCCAUUCACUCUGAACAAGACCUGAUCACAGCGGUGAAAUUGUCGACAGCCAACAACAUCUCGUUCCUAGCCACCGGGGGCCGUCACGGCUAUAGCAUUACGUUUGGGAAUCUCCAAAAUGGCCUGGCCUUGGACUUGAGCCCGCUAGACACGGUGGCAGUUGACGCCGCUGCCGGCACCUUGACCAUCGGGCCUGGUGUGACCUUCGGCGACGUUAUGGACCCCGUCUACGAGGCGGGGUAUCAGAUCCAGACCGGCACUUGCACAUGUGUCGAGAUGAUCGGCGCCACCAUCGGGGGCGGCAUCGGGCGGUUGCAGGGGACGUACGGCCUGGUAAUCGAUGGGCUGCUGUCUGCCCGGGUAGUCACCGCCGCUGGUGAGGUCCUCGAGGUGUCGGAAAACUUCAAUGCCGACCUGUUCUGGGGCAUUCGCGGCGCUGGGGCUAACCUGGGUAUUCUCACGUCGGCCACCUAUCAACUUCAUCCUUUGACCGGCAACUACACCAGCAUCGAUCUAAUCUUUCCUGCCAGCCGGAACGUGACAUACUUCACUGCCUUGGAGAACUUCAACACCUCCGCGCACUGGGCUAUCGAGACAGAGAUCCUCUACAACGCCGACAUCAACGGUCCCGAGAUUAUCGCCAGUUACGUGUACGAAGGGGAUCAGGAGGAGGCCCUGAAGCUCCUGGCGCCAAUACUCGACGUCGGCCCCUCGUUCAUCAACGUGACUGAGGUCCCGUGGAAUGAACUGAGCGCGAUCGCCGCCUUUGCCACCGACGCCGAGGUCUGCGAGAACGGCAGCAUUUACGACAUCUACGGGGUCAACCUGCGUACGCUAACGGCUGCCACCUGGAUUGAGACGGAGGGCCAGUCGUCCAGUGUCGUAUUCGAGUCGUGGGCCAACGAGGCGGUGGUGGCCGUGGCCGACGAGAAGACCGCAUAUCCCUGGCGCGACACCACGACUUACGUUAUGCUCCAGUUUGUUUGGAGUACGUCGGACAGCAGCGUCGAAGCUCCAUCCAUCGCCAUGGCCCAGAAGGUCCGCGACACUCUCAUCGAGACAUCGGGGUACGACGACCUGGCGGUGUACGUUAAUUAUGCCAACGGGGACGAGGCGCUGGAGGAGAUGUACGGGGCUCGGAAAUUGCCUCGCCUGGCGGAGCUGAAGAAGAAGUACGAUCCCAGCAAUGUCUUCCGAUAUAGCAAUCCUUUGCCCACCGCCUAUUCGUGA